AUGCUGAAAUUCCUCUGUCUAUUCAAAGUGCGCAUCGUGCUGCUAUGUCUUUUAUGGUAUUCGAUCAGCUCGGCCAGCUCUAUCACUAAUAAGAUGUUACUCCAGGAAUACCCCUAUCCAAUGACUGUCGGGUUGUCGGCCUUGAUGUGCAUACCAAUCUGCGCGGCGCCACUUUUGAGAGUUUGGGAAAAGCGACGCGUAACACUUGGCUCUUUCCACUUCACUCGAAUGCUGGUCCCGAUCUCGUUUGGUAGAGCAUUAGCGGUCGCGUCGGCAUACUUUAGCCUCUACAAAAUGCCGGUAUCCUACACUCACACAGUAAAAGCAACGAUGCCGUUAUUUGCCGUUUUUCUCGGAAGGGUCUUCCUGAAGGAGCGACAAAGUAUGGCGGUGUACUGCUCUCUACUUCCAAUUGUAGCUGGUGUUAUAAUAGCUUCUGCCACCGAACUAUCAUUUUCGGGAAUCGGCCUGAUGGCGGCGUUAUUCUCAACUUUCAUGUAUUCGCUGUUGAACAUUCUCGUUAAAAAGAUUCUCCGCGAAACCGAGAUCCACCCAAUCCGCCUCCUAUCGCUCAAUUCCCAGCUGGCAGCGCUGUUCUAUUUCCCGGGCUGGUUCUAUGAAGAUGCGCUCUCCAUGAUAUCGGCCAUGAUGUCGGAAGGCCCGUCUACAGUACCAGUACCCGAUCUGAAAAUGCUCUACCUCCUGUUCCUGUCUGGAGUCCUGGCUUUCGCGCAAAGCGUCUGCUCCUACACGCUCAUCCACGAGCUGACGGCGUUGAGCUACGCGGUUUGCAACACGGCCAAGCGGAUAACGGUCAUCACGGCUUCCCUAUUGACGCUACACAACCCGGUGACGGGCCCCAACAUUUUUGGAAUGUCGUUGGCCAUCGUGGGCGUAUUUGCGUAUAAUAGGGCCAAACAAGGCCACAAAGAAGAGAAGCACACGUUGCCGAUGACAAGGACCCACACGACGCUCAGCGACGCUUGUCUCGUGGCGAUGGACACGAAAUCGAUGAAUGGGUACAAACCGGCAAAGCCUUGGUUAAUCGUUUCUUGUCAACGGCGGGAGCCGGCCAUCACCAGCGGGUCUCGACUGGCUGCCGAGCUGGACUGGAAUGCUGCUUCAGAGCUUCGCGAGCGUAACGUCGACGAUUUCAACUUCCACAAUAGAGACAGGAGAAGCGGCAAAUUCGCC